AUACAUCCCACUUCAAGGGGGUGUCUCACACAUCUAUCGGUUGCUUUGCACACAUCGAUCUUUACCCACUUGUACACUUUUGACAUCUAUUGACUACUUGACAUUUAUCGACUACCUGACAUUUAUCGACUAAUUGACAUCUAUCGACUACUUGACAUCUACUGCUACGUAUACUUACAUCUAUCAGCUAGUUGACAUCCAUCAACUACUUGACAUCUAUCAGCUACUUGACAUCUAUCGACUACUUGAGGAGAUCGAGGAUGCCUUACUUAAACAGGCUUUGACAGAGAGCAAGCAACCUGAUACUCAACAUAAAUCUGUGAUGGUCAGCUCUCUUUCUUGCUUGCAUGCUGAAGCUUCUGUCUGAGUAUCGGUUCAAGGAAUAUCAUCAGAUCCCAAUACGACGCACUCAUGUGUUAGUAGAUGCACUCAGAGCUGCAAGGCGGCCUGCAUUUACAAGCAUCAAGACAUUGACGGUUCACUUUGUAAGUGAGGAAGCAGAAGAUGGUGGAGGCCCAUCCAGGGAGUUUUGGUGCCUGUUGGGGAAAGAGAUAGCUCAGUCCAUGUUUGAGGGCCAUGAGAACAGUAAGGUUGUGCGGCACGAUUUAUUGGCUGUGCAGGGUGAGAAGUUUCUUCUCGUAGGAAAAUUGAUGACCAUGGGAAUCACUCAGGGUGGUAGUGGUUUCUCCUUUUUUGGAAGUAGUCUCUACGCAUACUUGUGUGGUGUUAAAAUCUGUGAUAUUGACAUACCUGAUGAAGAAGUACCAAAUACUAACGUCCGGAUCCUUAUUCAGAAGAUCAAUGAUGCUGCUGAUGACAAAGACCUAAAAGAUUGUAUCCUUGAUGAAUGUGACACCAUUGUGAAUGCCGGGUACAGCAAGCCACUUUUUACCUCGACGCAAGCAGACAAAAUUGAGAUAGUGAAGACACUAAAACUCUACUACACUCUUCUCGAGUCUUUAGCAGAGAUUAACCAGCUCAAGGAGGGAUUGCAAGUGAACGAGACCAUGAAGGCCAUGUUCAAAAUCACCCACUUUUCACCUAAGGGCUCAAAUGAUCUUGCUAAAGAAGAGGCUACUUACAUGCUGUUUGUAGAUUUUCUGUACGAUUGCAUGUGAAUGUGUUGAAGGUGACUCGGAGGAUUCUGUCAGUCUUAAGACCAUUCUUUCUUUUACUACUGGUUCAGAGUCUGUUCCACCGAUGGGAUUUGAUAACUCUUUGGGUCUGAGAUUUAACGAUACCAAUGUGUUUCCCACGUCGUCCACUUGU